AUGGCGGAGUUCACCCUGGAUUUGAACAAUUCGAUGGAUAUGAAGGUGGCGGAAUUCAAAAAUGACCCGGAGAAAAUGAAAAUCGUUAAUGACUUCUUGGGCGAGUUGUUCGAAAAAGCGCAAAAAGAGGCAGAGAGAAGGAAUAGCAAACAGAAGGGAAAACUGGAGGUCUUAGGAUUUCAAAAUGGAUCCAAAAAAAUAGGAGUGUGGUCGAACAGGGCGAAAACCUCGGCCAGGACGUUCGCUUCAAGGAUAUUCACUACAAUAUGCAACUGCACUAAUUCAGUGAAAACUUCGCUAAUAACUCGAACUAACAGCAAUAACUAA